UCGAAAAAUAAAAGCAUGCAACAGGAAGUGAACCUGUUAAACUGCACUCAUUGCAUACUUUAAAAAAAGAAGAACCCUAAUAGAAUCGGACUAUAAAAUAUAAAACAGACAUAUAAAAACUGUGCAAUACAAACAACUCUAAGUACUUCGCCAUUGUGACAAAUGCCAAAUUGCCCCCCGGAACUUUAGCGGAGUACGAAACCGUUCCUACACGGACCUAUAACGGGACGCACAUUUAAACAUGGCGGCCAACAUAGAGAAAUUUUUCCAGGAUUUUAUACUGAAUAAAAUCAGAGAGAUUGAAGACCAGAAUGAAGACAAAGCUUCCGCUGAAGUGGUGGGAGAUGGCACUGAACAGUUUGGAACAGAACAGAGCUCUUCGGAGAGAGACAAACAGGACAACGUAAGGUGUGGGGGGUCGCCGAAGAAACACAAGAAGCACAAAAAACACAAAAGUAAGAAGAAGAGGAGGAACCGGGAGAAGGAGGAGAGCAGCUCCGAGUCUGGGCCAGAGGAGGACGGAGGAACCAAACUCCAGCCAAGAAAAGGGACUCCAACAGAGGCGGACAAUGAGCAAGGUGAGGAAGACCAGAACAAGUCCAGGGGCCACAAGCGGCAUUCAUCGGGGAAGAAGAAAAAGAAGAAGAAGAAGAAAAAGAAGAGGAGCAGGAAAGAUGACGAGAACUCUUCAGACUCCAACUCAGAGGUCGUGUCCAAGCAGAGGGAAGGUGGUCAAAGCGUGUCCCCGAGGCGACGGGUGGAGCUGCCUGAUAUUAUCCCAAAACAGGACAGCUCCAACAAAGCACUAGGAGAUCAGGAGGGCCUCGGCAGGAGGGGCUCUCGUUCCCGGUCACGGUCACAUUCCUGUUCUGUGAGGAGGAACUUCCGCUCCAGACACCACCGGCCCAGAUCCAGGACUCGCUCCCCAUCCAGUCCACACCGCCACAGACCCGGUCCAGCUCUUCAUUGUCAUCGUACCUUUUCUCUCCUCAGAUCCUCAGAGAAGAAGGGGGCUCACCAUGAAUCCAUGAAGUCUUCUUCAAAAGACCUCAAGCCUCCUACACUGGCCUCAAACCCGACUCAGAGCACAGUCAAAGCAGAAGAGCUGACAGGGUCCAGCAGAGAGCGGAAGGGCUCCGACCGGGGGGAGAAGCCUGCAGAGGAGGGAGCAGGUGCAGAAAAAGCAGCUACAGGUACUGUUACAUCCCAGUCCACUUCAACUGAACCUGCAUCAAAAUCCCCCCGGCCCUCGGACACUUUAGUGAAAUCCCCAGCGAGGAAGAGGAGGAAUAGAUCCCGGUCCCCACAGAGGAAGAGAGAAACAAAGUCAUCGAAGAGGCAGAAAAGAACUCCGUCGCCAAGUAGGAGCCACAGGAGGGGGUCCAGAUCCAGGAGCCCCUCAAAGAAGAGGAGGUCACGGUCCAGGUCAGGGGGCCGGCGGUCGCGGAAGUCUCGAUCUCCGUCCCGGGGUCGGAGGAGGGCCACAUACAGCCAGAGGGACCGCUGGAAACGAGAGCCGAGUCACUCCCCUGUACUCAUCCUCCGCAAAAACAGAUCCCCCAACAGGAAGCUCUGCAGUUCGAGCAACAGCCCUCAGCGCAUCAGUGAACUGGAUAAAGAGCAGUUGUUGGAAAUUGCCAAAGCCAAUGCUGCAGCCAUGUGUGCCAAAGCAGGAAUGCCCAUCCCUGCCAGCCUGAGGUCCACAGUGCCCCCCCUCAACCUACCUCACGGCAUAGCGAUGAAUGCUGCUAUGGCCAGUAUGACAGCUGCCACCAUGACGGCGGCGCUGACCAACAUGGGCAUAUCCUCACUGCUCCCACUGCCCUCCAUCACAAACAAGCCCCCCUCUGUCUCCUCCCAACCUACCAAUGCUGCUCUAGAGGAAGUGAAGAGGAAGGUAGCGAAGCAGGCCAACAGCAUCAGCAUCAAGGAGUUCACUGACAAAUGCAAGAUGAUUGUGGACAGUAAAGGAGAGUUGCCGGUGGCGAUACCGCAUGUGUCGGAUGAAGAGGACGACGGGAAACCUUUCGGAGGAUCGGCUCUUCGAGAACAAAAGGCCAUCAGCUUCAGCAUCAACAACGCCACAGUGCGUCCAGCAGUGCGCAGUGACGCGGGCAUGGCCAAGGAGUUCCCUGUGUCCUCCGGAUGCCAACAUCGGAAGAAGGAGGGCGAGGGACUUGGGGCCUAUGGAGAAUGGGUUCCUGUCGACAAGACAUCAGAGAAGGCUGCAGCUGCCUCCAGGAAGGCCCUGGCCACCGUUCCCAAGGCAACAGCGUCCCCAUCCUCAGUUGACACGGCGACAGCAGCAGAGUCAGCAGAGGUGGUGGAGCAGAGUGUGUGCGCACCAGAUACUGACAGUGUGUUUCCUGACCCCCUGCUACAGCCAGUGGAUAUCUCUCAGGCUGUGACGGAGAGAAUCAAAGCUCAGAGGCGAUUGGCUGAGAACCCCUAUGAUGUCAAUGCCAUCUGCAUGCUCAGCCGGGCACAAGAGCAGGUGGAUGCAUGGGCCCAGUCCAACACUGUGCCUGGCCUCUUCACUGGUUCCACUGGAGCCCAGGUUCUCACCUCAGAGGAGCUGUCCACCGGCGGACCACAAGCAUGGCUGAAGAAAGAUCAGUUCCUCAGGGCAGCUCCAGUGUCCGGGGGUGUCGGGGAAUUCCUCAUGAGAAAGAUGGGCUGGAGGACAGGAGAGGGUCUCGGGAGGAACCGUGAGGGGACCGUGGAACCGAUCAUCAUUGACUUCAAGGUCGACCGCAAAGGACUGGUGGCUGAAGGGGAAAAGCCCCAGAAGCAGACAGGAGGGCUCGUGGUCACCAAGGAUCUGAUGGGGAAGCACCCGGUGUCUGCUCUCAUCGAGCUGUGCAACAAGAGGCGUGUGAUGCAGCCGGACUUUGUGAUGGUCCAUCACAGCGGGCCGGAUCACCGCAAGAACUUCCUGUUCAAGGUCACAGUGAAUGGAGUGGACUACCAGCCGCAGACUGCCAGUCCCAACAAGAAGCACGCCAAAGCCAUGGCAGCUACCGUUGCACUGCAGGCUCUGGGAGAGGUUCCUGUUGACGGACCAGGACUCUACACGGGCCCCGUCUUCACUGCUGCCUCCACCGGCCCCCUGUUCUCCACAUAGUUAUUCUCUCUUCAGCUGUGGGACAGAAAGUGUUUUUUAAAUGACACCAACCUGGUCCAUCAUCUCCUCACUCCAGACUUAUUUAUACAGUAUUCUAAUACGUGCAGUAUUGCUCUCAGCCCAGGACACUGAGAGUGGAUUUAUAUUCACAAAAUGUACAUUUCAUCAUCCGGCUUUCCGCUGACAGGAGGGCUCAUGUGUAUAUGUUUUAAGGAUUGGGAAGGAGUCUCCGUUAGUGAAAGUGGAGGCAUGUAUCUAUGUAAGUAUGUAUGAUAACAUGUAUGAUACAGUAGCAUAUCCGCUGACUGAUACCUGAGUCUAGCUGAGCUGGGCUGUGUUUAUGUCUGGCCUCCUAACAACAUGUUUGUCUUAUUCCAUUGGUUUUAUGGAAUAACCUCUGAAACAGAAUAAAGAUUAUAUUUAUGUAGUGGAGGAAGCCACGUCA